UCAAGAUAUACACGUAUAUUGAGGGCUUCAUAUUAGUUAUUGAUUCUUAUUAAUUUGGUCUGGGUUCAUAAGAGAGGGGAGGCGGUAAUUUGUUUCUAAACUCUGGUCAACAAUGGCGAUGAAGAGACCUUUACAGUGUAUGUUGAGAAGAAAUUGCACGAGAGCAAGUUUUAGUGCUCUUCCUGAAGGCAACCCAUCUUCCCCUUCUCAAAACCUCAUCAACCUCGAGUCUCAAUGCAGUGCCCACAAUUACCAUCCGAUUCCUAUCGUUUUUUCGAAAGCUAAGGGUUCAUCCGUCUGGGAUCCAGAAGGAAAAAAAUAUCUUGAUUUCCUCUCAGCUUAUUCUGCUAUCAAUCAGGGACAUUGUCAUCCGAAGAUCAUGAAAGUAUUAGCAGAACAGGCUCAAAUGCUCACUCUCAGUUCUCGUGCCUUCUAUAAUGAUAAGUUUCCGGUAUUUGCAGAACGUAUAACCAGCAUGUUUGGAUAUGAUAUGGUGCUACCUAUGAACACUGGUGCAGAAGGGGUAGAAACAGCUCUUAAGCUGGCAAGGAAAUGGGGUUAUAUGAAGAAGAGUAUACCGAAAAAUGAGGCUCUCAUUGUCUCGUGCUGUGGCUGCUUCCAUGGUCGUACAUUGGCUGCAAUCUCCAUGAGUUGUGACAAUGAAGCUACUCAUGGAUUUUGGCCCCUAUUACCUGGGCAACUUAAAGUUGAUUUUGGAGAUUCGGUUGCCCUUGAAAAAUUAUUCAAAGAAAAAGGAGAUCAGAUAGCUGGCUUUUUGAUUGAACCAAUUCAAGGAGAGGCUGGGGUUAUAAUCCCUCCGGAAGGUUACCUGACGGCUGUUAGAGAUCUUUGCUCAAAGUACAAUAUUUUGAUGAUUGCUGAUGAAAUACAAAGUGGCUUGGCACGCUCUGGUCGAUUGCUGGCUUGUGAUUGGGAAGAAGUUCGUCCAGAUGUUGUUAUAUUGGGAAAAGCAUUAGGUGGUGGAGUCUUGCCUGUGAGUGCGGUGCUUGCAGAUAAAUAUGUUAUGCUUUGCAUUCAGGCUGGAGAGCAUGGAAGCACUUUUGGGGGGAACCCAUUGGCCAGUGCAGUUGCAAUUGCAUCUUUAGAUGUGAUUAGAGACGAAGGACUUGCCGAGAGAUCUGCUCAAAUGGGAGAACAACUUAGACAUCAGCUGAUAAAGAUUCAGCGGCAAUUUCCUCAUUUCAUAAAGGAAGUUCGAGGGAAAGGCCUAUUCAAUGCUGUGGAGCUUAAUAGCAACUCCUUAUUACCUGUGACAGCUUAUGAUAUAUGUAUGAAACUGAAAGAGAGAGGCAUUCUUGCUAAGCCAACUCAUGAUUCUAUAAUACGCUUGACGCCCCCCCUGUCAAUGAGUUUGGAGGAGCUCCAGGAAGGCUCUAAUGCCCUGCAUGAUGUUUUAGUACAUGAUCUACCAAAGAUGCAGAAAGAGAAGCCAGCAACAGUCUCCCAUGCUACCUCCAAUGUGUGUGACCGGUGUGGCCGUGACUUAUAUGGUUCUUCAUAAUAUUUAAACUAGAGGUAGCUUCCAUAGAUAGAAGUACACCCCGUCUUCUACGAUUCAUAUCAAUCCAUAUAAUCAUCUUUACUGACAUCGUAGGAAGUAUCAUCACAACACUACAGAACUCUGAUUUAUGCUAGAAAUCAGAACCGAACUAAUAUAUGUGAGUUCCGAGAAAUGCAAAUAAAGUUCUCUUCUUCUAGUACCUUGUCAUCUUAGUUCUUAUGUAUAUGCUAAUAGUUUACUGCGAUAACUGUUUAUAGUAGGUAUGAAGUGUGAAACACCUAACUUGGUAUUACCUUUUUUUACUCUCUCUCUCUCUGUAUAUAUAAAGUAGUGUUUGGACAUA